UUAGGAAAAAUUGUAGUAAUUGAUAGUACCAAAUGGAUAGUUUUUCACUCAGUAAUGAUUAUUAAAAGGCCUAAUUCGACAUUUAAACGUUGGUUUAAACGAGGUGCAGUAACAAUAAUUGUGAUAGACGCACUGUCUUGUGUUGGAAGUUACUUUAUUUGGCGUAAAAUCAACACCGAAAGAGAUUUUAGGAGAUAUCUACACGACAACUACCCGUUCGUACUAGAGGGUUACUACAAAAUCGGCGAAACCAUCGAUUCCCAAAGCCAGAUAAGGAAAAUCGACUGGGAACAUUGGAACAAAGGGGCUUAA